UCUUUUGGCAGCGGCGAUGGGCGAUGUGGCGGCGGCUUCGAAGCGGAGGCGGGACGGGCCGGAAUCUCCGGCGAUGAGGCACGAUACGAGCCUCGACCACAUCAGCCGCCUCCCCGACGAGAUCCUCGGCACCAUCAUCUCCCUCAUCCCGGACACCAAGGACGCUGGCCGGACAACCGUUCUGUCCUCACGGUGGCGCCACCUCUGGCGCUCCGCCCCACUCAACCUUGCCGUCAACCGCCGCCUCUCCAAGCGGAAGCACGACUGCAUCGCCAUCGUCUCCAAGAUCCUUGCGGCGCAUCGUGGCCCCGCACGCCGUCUCUCCCUCGGUGCCAUCCGCCUGAGCCGAGACCGCUACGCCAAGUUCGACGGCUGGUUCCAGUCGUCCGCCCUCAAUGGCCUCCAGGAGCUCGAUUUCUCCGGAUGCUUCAAUCAACCGGCUCCGCUGCCUCGAUCCGCGCUCCGCUUCGCGACCACGCUGCAGGCGGUCAGCAUCCACGCCUGUGAUUUCCGUGACGUUGAUGAUGUCUGCUUCCCUCGGCUGAAGCAACUCAAGCUCUCCCGCAUAAUCAUCUCAGAGACAGCCCUCUGCAGCUUAAUCACCAGCUGCACUGCGCUCCAGAGCCUUGAGCUUCAUGGGAUCCGCGAGGUCGGUAUCAUUAGGAUCAUCUCGUCAACUCUCCGCAGUAUUGGUGUCUCUGCCUGGAGCGAACUUGUUAUUGAGGAUGCACCUUGCCUCGAAAGAUUGAUCUCACGCGUUCCAUUUGGCCUAUUUCAUGGCCAAAUGAAGGUCAGGGUCAUCGCUGCACCGAAACUGAAGGUGUUGGGCUGCCUUACUAGCCAAAUUUCCGAGCUUGUGAUUGGAAGCGUAAUCAUUAAGGAGAUGAUCCUCGUUAGUUUCACCACGUCGGUGCGCACGGUGAAAGUCUUGGCUGUAGAGUUUAUGGGCCCCAAUCUGGAUGCAAUUCUUGGAUUCCUAAGAUGCUUUCCCUGUCUGGAGAAGCUAUACAUUCACUUGCAUCUUAACAUGGAUAUGAAAAAUGUGCGGCAACAUGACACACUGGUUGAUCCUAUCGAAUGCCUUGACCUCCAUCUCGGAGAAAUAGUAUUAUACAACUACCAAGGAAAGAAACGGCAUGUCGACUUUGCCAGGUUCUUCGUUUUGAAUGCAAGGGUGCUCAAGACAAUGAAAUUUGGUGUAUAUGGUACUGGCUGCAAUAAGAUAUGGAUGGCCAACCAGCAUAGGCAGCUACAACUGGAUAAUAGAGCUUCUUGUCAUGCGCAAUUUGAUUUCAAAAGAAAUUAUGUUACUUCCAGCAGUUUUUCCCAUAAUAACAAGCACAUAUAUGAUACGUAG